AUGUUUCUGCUGCUGCUCAUGAUGCCCCACUCAAUCUUUGUUUUGUUACUCACUUUUCUCUUGAUGGUACAGUGUCCAAACUGCAAUGUAGAAGUGCACAAUCGCGGCCUGUCAAUUCACCUGAGCAGAUACUGUGGCAAGAUAUGUGAUAUAGCCACCACAUCAGCUCUUGCCGAGCAGUGCAAGCAUGGGGAAGUGAUUGCUGAAGCUACUCGUUUGGAAGAUGAACACUGGCAGGAAGAACAAUGUGAAGAAGAGUGGGAGCACCUACAGCAACUACACCAGCCUCAAGUGGAUGAGGUGCCAGACAUUGAAAUGGAGCCAUGGCCAUCAGGGCAUCCAAAUCGACAAAUCCACCUCUCCAUGUGUUAUUGUGAUGAAGUCCCAGUCCUACUGAUCCCAGCCCCACCUCCCAUUGAUUAA